AUGCCUGCGGCAGAUCAGAAACCCGACGAGAAUGUCUCGAUCGAAAAACUGUUUGGCGAUCUGAUUGAUCCGGCCACAUUCGAGCAGAUUCUCGAAAUGGACGAUGACGAAGACGAGCGCGAGUUCAGCAAAUCGAUAGUCUACGAUUUCUUUGAUCAAGCCGCAAAUACCUUCAAGCAGAUGCACCAGGGUCUCAAAGAUAAAGAUCUCGAAGUUCUCUCAUCCCUAGGCCAUUUCCUCAAGGGCUCCUCAGCAACCCUUGGUCUCAACAAAGUCAAAGACUCGUGCGAGAAGAUCCAACAUUUCGGCGCUCGUAAAGACGAAACAGGCAACAAAGAUGUUGCCGAUGACAAAGAGAGCCUGAGGAACUGUGAAAAGUACAUCACGCAAGCCGAGAAGGAUUUCAAGGAUGCCGAGCGAGUGCUACGGAAAUUCUACCACGAGGAAGUCCCUGAGAGCAGUACGGAGGACUCGUCUGCUGCGGAGAAGUCUUAG